AUGGCGUUUGCUCCAAAGAUCAUCACAUGCCUCCUCGUCCUUACGGUAUACAGGGCAGCUCAAACAGAGUCACACAUAACGUGUGGGACAGUGACGAGCACACUCGCGCAAUGCGUAACCUACUUGACCAACAGUGGUCCAUUGCCAUCAGGGUGCUGCGUGGGAGUGAAGUCACUGAACCAACUGGCUCAAACCACACCGGACCGGCGACAAGUUUGUGAAUGUCUUAAAUUAGCGGCUAAGGACAUCAAUGGCCUUAAUAUCGGCCUUGUGGCCACACUCCCUACCACUUGUGGUGUUUCAGUUCCCUACCCCAUCAGUUUCAGCACCAAUUGUGAUAAUAUAUCGACUGACGUGUAA